UUCUUUUGCUCCCGUAAUUGCCAUUUACACGCAUUGCAUUACAUGGCCGAAGGAGUAUAAAUUCGCCACUCGACGAGGGAAUUGCAAGCAUUGUCUGCAAACUCCUCGAGCCCAUCACUUGAGCCACUUAUCCCCAUCAGCCACAUCCAGCAGCAAGAUGAAGUUCACCAUCGCCAUCGCCUUCACCUGUCUCCUUGCCAGCGCCCUGGCCGCUCCUCCAGCCAUCCAGCAGGAUGCUCAGGUGCUGCGAUUCGACAGCGAUGUCCUGGCCGAGGGCUACAAGUUCGCCGUGGAGACGAGCGAUGGAAAGUCACACCAGGAGGAAGGCCAGCUGAAGGACGUGGGCACCGACCACGAAGCCCUCGUGGUCCGCGGAUCCUAUGCCUAUGUGGGUGACGAUGGUCAGACGUACAGCAUCCAGUACCUGGCCGAUGAGAACGGUUUCCAGCCCGAGGGUGCCCAUCUGCCCAGGCCCGUUCAGUAAUCCCAAGGAAUCCGAUUGAAAGU